UCGAAACCGGCGAUGUCCGACGACUGGUUGCAGUCGAGCCUAAGAUCGUGUUGCCGAUGCCCACCGGGACCAACUUAUUAAAAAGAAAAUAAAGUUACGUGCACGCGUCCUCGCCGAUCGUCGACCCCGUGUCGACGAUUUUUCCUAUCGCGAGCCAGAAAAAAUUAUUUCGAAAACUGAUACCAAAAAUUAAUACUUUAAUUCAUGUGCAACCGGGAAGUAAAUUGAUACCAGGGAGCAACCAGUAUAUAAAAAAUACAAUACAAGUAAAGGCACUCAGGUUCCAAAAGAGCCGACAACAGGUGGAACGAGAGCUGUUGAGGGGCUCGAGAUAAGGAUAAAAGAAAAACAAGAAGAACUGUUAUGUUAUAGUUACACGUGGUGAUUGAUUUUUUUAUACGAAAGGUGGUUUUAAAAACAAAAUUUCGAGUGAGGAGCCAUGGAUGAUCACCGGAUGCCUUGAACUACGCCCAAGGAAACAAUGAGUGUGCUGACGAUGAAACCACCGCCGCGGUUGCUGCUAUUGCUGCUGCUGGCUGGGACGCUAAGCGUCGUUUUAGCAACGUCACCUUGUCCGUGGUCGACCCACGUGCCGAAGCUCGAUGGCUCUUGUAUAUGCGAUUAUAAUCUCGCCAACGAAUUGUCGAUACAAUGCGAUAUUGUCGACUACAAUCAAUUAAUCAGAGCAAUGCGUCGCUACGCAGGCCAGGCAUCCAUUGAUCUUUUCUACGUCAACAAUAGUACGAUUGGAUCCUUGAAUGGGUCGUUAUCAGCACUUAAAAUAACAAAUAUGCAACUUUCUGGCUGCAGAAUCAAAACUGUAGAACCAGACGCAUUCAAAGGCCAAGAAAACAGUCUCAAAACCUUAAAUUUGAGGCAUAAUGAGUUGACCGAAAUUCCUUCAGCAGCUUUGAAGACUUUACAAAAUUUGACUGUUCUGGAUCUCUCGGUGAACAAGUUCAAGGUCGUUGAAGAUGAUGCCUUCAUGGGAUUAAAACUUGUAACAUUGAAGCUUUCUGAUAAUCCGGUGGUGUUGAGUCCAGGUGCUUUUCGAGGACUGGAAAAGUCUUUGAAGAAUUUAAACCUCAAGGGAACGAGACAGAAAAGUGUGCCUGAAGCUCUUAGAGGAUUGGGGACUCUGGCAUUCCUUGAUUUAUCGCAAAAUAGUAUUCAGAGGCUUCCUGGUCUAGCUGGAGUCAAAGCCUUCGAGGGAUUGAACUCACUCACUGGGUUGAAUCUCGAGAGGAAUCUGAUCGGGGAAAUUGGUCCGGAUGCAUUUUAUGGCGUGAGAAAUACGCUCAGCUCACUCAGUUUGCUGAACAAUGUUCUCCAAACCUUCCCUACUAGUGCUAUCAACAGCGUGCACGAUCUGAAGGUUUUAGAUAUUGGAUUCAAUUUAAUCGCCGAACUUCCAGUAGAUGCUUUCCGAAAUAAUCCGUCUAUAACACUCCUAGCCAUAGAUGGAAAUCCCUUAUCCACAGUACCAGAAGAAGCUUUUCUUCGGCUGAAUAAAACUCUUCGAGGUUUGAGCCUUGGGGGUCCAUUCCUACUUUGUGAUUGCAAAUUACGAUGGAUUGUCGAGUGGAUGAGAUCAAAGGAUCUUCAAGUAACGAGUCGGGAGAAACCAAUUCAAUUUUGUGGCAGUCCUCACCGACUUCAGAAUAUCAGUUUUUACAGCAUAGAUCCGGAACAAAUGGUUUGCGAAGGAGCAACCGAAGUCGUAGGGAUUGGAACAGUCGAAAGCGUUGAUACUAAAGAACCCUUUGGUCCAGUAAAUGGAGUCGUCGAAGGAUUAUUACCAACUCGUCCAACAACCAAAGAACCAAAGAACACACCUGUGCCAAGCGUCUCAUCAUCAACCAGUCCAGUGCCAGUAACAGAACGACAAUCGACAUAUCCAUCUUCGUCAACCCUUUCGACUUCGACGACAACCACGACCACGACCACGACCACGACCACCACAAGUAAACCACCUACUCGAGCUGGAAAUGUCCACAUAACACGUACAACCACUUCUCCGCCAAAGUUCAACUCCGAAUCCAUACAUUCGCUUCAACAACAACCUAAACAUCCCCUGGUUCUUGGAUCUCCUGCCUUCAAAUCGAAAGCAGAUAGAGAAGAUAUUAUUGUGAAGGAUGUGCUCAGACAAGACAAUUCUGUGAUUAUCUACUGGGAUACUGAGACUCACAAUAUUUUAGGAUUUAGAGUCAUCUACAGAUUGUUUGGAGACUCGAGCUUUAAACAGGCCCCACCUUUAGAAGCGAGUGAACGAGAGUUUAAGAUAAAGAACGUACCUUCUCAGGAAUGCAUGGUAGUCUGCGUUAUUUCCCUAGAGGAUACAAACGUGACUCCAGCGAAUGUACCCUUCAAUCAAUGCAAAGAAAUAAGAACAGAGAAUUCACCAACGUCUAACAUGGAUAAAAUAACCAUAGCCGCGAGUGCUGCGAUUUGCGCUACGAUUGUGGUGGCAGUGAUCAUCUUUCUCGUUGCGAAUCGAAGAAGAGUGAGGAAACUUCACACACUUCACGAUAUGGACCAAACAAAAAUGGGUGGACCAAUUGCCAGUUUGCCAGUGAAUUGUUGUUCCACGGUUGGUCCAACACCAAGUCCAGGUGGUCCACUUCCUUCAAUGGCUACUUUGAGUGCCUAUAAUGCUCAAAAGGAGUGGGACCAAGUGUCUGCUUAUAGUGGAAGAAGCAUCCCGAGGCCAAGAAUUUUCCCUGUAGAUCGUCAAGGGUUAUCAUUAACAGGUUCUAUGAACAGACAACCCUGCAUCGACGAAGUUAGACAAUCACAACCAGGGCAUUACACCGGAAAAUCUGCUCGUUCGGUUGCUGAUGGACAAUCACAGCACAGCUUUGGAAAUAAUUCAAAUCGCUAUUUUGGCAAUGCAACUUUAACUUCUAAUUUGAUUAAUACUAGACCAGAACUAAGACAAUCGCGUCAAUCCUUAGCGGCAGCUUCCGACAGGAUGUCAAGGGCCAGUUUUCCUGCGGUGAAUCAUUUGCCACCGCAGGCAACUUCCAGACGACAACGUCCACGUUCCCGAAAUCGUACCCUGGAGCAGAGCCACGUUCCACGCCCAGGAAGUCGAUACAGCCUAGCUGAAUCUACUCACACGCUCAACAAUUACGAUGAGAAUAAUUACGACCAUGACAUGGACAUUUACAUGGCUCGGAAUCCAACCACGAGAGGUCUCGUGCCACUCUAGAUCCUUCAAAAUCGUACCUUUUGCUCAAACAAGCUCGACAAAUCGACCCCGCAUUAUUCGAAAUUCUAGUUAGAAAAGCUCAGUACGUGCAAUAGUAUGUCACAGUCACGAUCGCACAUACGAUUGUGGUAACAACUGACAACAGCUGGGAGUACAACUAUGAAUAAUCGCAGAGCGAACGCGUGAGGACUUUUAUCAUUCGAGAGUGGUAACUUCGCUUUCGAAUAACCGAUGUAUAUUUUCAUUUCAUCUAAGAUUUUCAAAAUGAGAUUAUUAUCCCCUAAGUGAAAAAGAGAAUAAUACUGUCUAAAUAUACUAGUGACGAUAGAAAAUGAACUCUUAAACAGAAAACUCGAUUAAUUCCUGUACAGACUUUUACAUUCCUUCUAUUAAAUUCCAACGAGAACAAUGAGAUUCAGGAUGAAAGAAUUUGAUAGAAAGACUUAGCAUGUAUGUCUAAAUUUAUUGUAGACUUAAAACUUGUCUAGAUAAAUAAAAUAUAGUUAAAGAAAUUGUAUUUAGGUAAAUCUAGAUAACUUUCUCUUCAUAAUUAAAUUAUUUUGAGAGGGUUUAAUCAAAUUGCGGAAAGACAAUCUAGAUCUGGGAUUCAGUGCAAUUAAAUCUCGAGGGAUUGAUAGUAGAUAUUUUCCAAAGGGAUUCUGCAAAUCCGGAUGAAAUAGUUGCACUGGAAAGCUGUGUAUGCGUUUAAAAAAAUAUAUAAUAGAAUUAAGAAUGCCGCUACACUCAUUUUUAGUACACACAAACGUCUCAGUAUUCACUGGCAGAAUGUAAUUUGUACAUAUCGUUUGCGGUAAGCCAGUGACUUUUAUAUUCUAGUAUAAAUAUAACAAAUAUAAAUGGAAUAUUUUGUAUUUUUACGAAUCGCAAACAUUAUAAAUAAAGCCUUUACUCACCCUGGUAUAACACUGCCUUUUUCCCAGCGGAACCUGAUCUCCUGAACGAAUUCGUGCCAGAGUUGAGCAAAUGCACUGAUGCCGCCAAAACUUGAUGUGCAAUGAGUAGCGACUAUUGCGAGUCUCCAGACUAAACUACCUA